GCGGCCAACCGGUCUCUCUGUCGAGGGCUCAAUUCAACCACAGAUUUGCUCCACGUUCAUGAAAGUGCUGCUACCAUCUAAAUAGAGGGAUGAUGAAGUCUGCUGGACAUGCUUUGCUUUCUUCUUUUACACCUCCUUAUUGUUUUGCCCAAAAAAACUAUCGCAGAUUGCCUUCAAAUUUAGUUUGUGGAAUUUCAACUACUAAAUCAAGGAAAUUAUACUCAUACCAUCAGAAGCACCAGCCACAUUCUGCGAUGGUUGUGGAACAAUAUCUACCUCCUUGGUUCAGUGUUGCCCCAAUGAUGGAGUGGACAGACAAUCAUUAUAGGACGGUGGCGCGCCUUAUAUCAAAACAUGCAUGGCUCUAUACAGAAAUGCUUGCUGCAGAAACAAUUGUUUACCAGGAGAAGAAUUUGGACAGAUUUCUAGCUUUUUCUCCAGACCAGCAUCCUAUAGUACUCCAAAUUGGUGGAAGUAACUUGGAAAAUCUGGCAAAAGCAACCCGACUAGCAAACAGAUAUGGUUAUGAUGAGAUUAACUUAAAUUGUGGAUGUCCUAGCCCAAAGGUAGCUGGACAUGGGUGUUUUGGUGUGAGUCUUAUGCUUGAUCCAAAGUUUGUUGCCGAGGCAAUGUCUGUUAUUGCUGCUAACACUGAUGCUCCAGUUAGUGUUAAAUGUCGUAUUGGUGUUGAUGAUCAUGAUUCGUACAAUGAACUAUGUGAUUUCAUAUAUAAAGUUUCUUCUCAAUCUCCAACUAGGCAUUUCGUAAUACAUUCCAGAAAGGCCUUGCUGAAUGGAAUUAGCCCUGCUGAUAAUCGGAAAAUUCCUCCCUUGAAAUACGAGUACUUCUAUGCUCUUCUUCGUGAUUUUCCAGACCUCCGCUUCACCAUUAAUGGAGGCAUAACUAGCAUUGAUGAGAUCCGUGCAGCACAAGAAGAAGGAGCUCAUGGGGUUAUGGUUGGUCGUGCUGCCUAUCACAAUUCGUGGUCCAUGUUAGGGAACGUUGAUACUGCGAUUUAUGGUGCACCACCUAGCGGGGUGACUUGUCGUCAGGUCUUGGAGAAGUAUCAGGUCUAUGCUGAUUCAGUCGUAGGAAUAUAUGGAAAUGGUAAACCAGGUCUCCGGGAUUUGGUUAAGCCUUUAUAUGGUCUCUUUUGGGGGGAGCCUGGAAACGGCGUGUGGAAGCGCAAAGCUGAUUCUGCUUUCCAUCAUUGCAAGACGUUCAAAGCUCUGAUGGAGGAGACGAUAAUGGCAUUUCCUGAUUCAGUUCUGGAUUCGGCUGUUGUCGAUACAUCAUCUACUACUCGUGUAGAUAAGUUUGCUGAUUCGAAGAAUCUGCUACCGUUGCCUUAUACAGUUAAGGAAGAAGAAGAAGAAGAAUUGUUGUAUGCUUAGUUUGAUGAGAGGUUACGAAAUUUUGAUGGAUAAAAUAGUAGCAUACUUAACCUCAUAUUUGUAAUUGUAUUUGUACCCUAGUUGACAUUCUUUGGGGAAAUAGAUCCCACAUAACUAUAAGUUCAAGAAGAUUGACCAAAAUGAAAUGUUAACCAUGGAUAUCGCCUUAUUUGUUGCA